AUGGAGCGAGCCGAGAAGUGGAUUCUUGUGAGCGGCGUGGCGCUGGGCACGGCCCUGGUGGCCAUCCUCAUCCUGUGGUGCGUGGAGAAGCUCAUGAGCCUCAAGAACGGGUGGGUGCAGCAGGUCAUCGACCUCGACGUCGGCUUCUUCCCGCCCUUCCUCCUCUUCGUCGGCCUCAACAUGACCCUCGUCCUGCCUGUCCUCCUCAUCUGCACCUACAUCGAGCCCGCAAUUGGCGGCGUGGGUGUGCCUGAGGUGGUGGCCUAUCUGAACUCGAUCAACAUGCCCCGCGUGGUGCGGCUGAAGACGCUUGUGGGCAAGAUCGUAUGCACAAUUCUCUCCGUCUCGGGUUCAAUGACCCUCGGCCCCGAGGCCCCGAUCGUACAGUCCGGCGGUAUUAUCGGUGCGGGUCUGUCGCAGGGCAAGGCCUCGUCGUUCAAGUUCGACAGCGGUCUGUUCACGUCGUUCCGUAACGACCGCGACAAGCUCCAGUUCAUCUGCGCCGGCACUGCUGCAGGCAUGGCGAGCGCGUUCGGAGCCCCGAUUUCGGGGGUGCUGCUGGUGCUCGAGGAGGGCGCGUCGUUCUGGGACACGGACCUCAUUCUCUUCUCCUUCUUCUGCGGCCUCUCCGCCAAGUUCUUCUUCUUCAUCUUCCUCCAGGGAUUCAUCGUGGACAGCUGGGGCGCUCUGGAGAUGGAGGGCUAUCUGUUCUUCGGACCCUUCAAGCCCAACAUGUCCUCCUUCAAGAUCACCGCCUUUGUCUUCUACGUCCUCCUGGGCGUCAUGGGCGGCUUGCUGGGCAUGCUGUGGAACAAGGCGGUCGCACGGAUCAACAACUUCCGCGCACAGCGUAUCAACCCCAUGCCCUAUCGCCGCAUCAUCGAGGGAAUGCUGGUGGCGUUCAUCACCAGCGUCACCAUCUACCUCUCCAAGUCGCCGCUCAAGUUCCGUCAGUUCAACUGCGCCAAGGGAGAGUGGAACGACAUGGCGACGCUCUUCAUGAACGGCAUGGAGGCGGCCACCCGCCAGCUGUGGCACAAUAACGCCCACUUCAGCAAGAUAUCAUUGGUUGCGUUCAGCAGUUUCUUCUACUUGCUCAUGAUGAUCACCCUGGGCAUUGCCGUUCCUGGCGGUCUCCUCAUCCCGUGCUUCUUCAUCGGCGGAGGCUAUGGGCGAUUCUUCGCGCAAGUGCUCAACGAAAACCUGCCGUGGGACGCUGGCAUUGAUGAAACGGGCGCUGCCAUCAUCGCCUCCGUUGCCGUCCUGUCUGGCUUCACCCGGCUUACAGUUGCCUUAGCUGCGAUCAUCAUAGAAUCAACCAACGAAUUCACAUACGCCAUUCCGCUCGGCAUCGCCGUCGUGGUGGCCAAAUGGGUGGCAGACAUCCGCUCCGAUUCCAUCAUCCACGAAAUCAUCCACGUCAAGAAAGCGCCAUUCCUCGAGUGGGACGCCCCAUCCGAGUUCCGCUUCUUCACCGCCAAAGACUUGAUGCACGGCGACCCGAUCUGUCUGGACGAACGCGACUUCCCGGCGCGGAUCAACGAGGUGCUCAAGGAGUGCGACGGGUACCCGUUCAAGCACCAGGCCUUCCCCGUGGUGCAGCACACCGACCCCGAGGGCCAGCUCCGUCGCGGCAAGACCCGCACCCUCCGCGGCGUCAUCUCGCGCAAGCAGCUCGUCCAGAUGCUGGCCAACAACCAAGCGCAGCUCGAGCUGCACCCGUCCCUCGGCAUCCAGGAGGGCGAGACCAUCGAGUCGUCGCCCGUCAGCCUGCUCCCCUACACGAAUCAGUGGCCGUACACGGUGUCGCCGAACGCGUCGAUUUCGUCGGUCUAUCCGCUGUUCCGUCUCCUCGGCCUCCGCUGGCUUAUCGUCGCGGAUGAGCGCAACAACGUGCAGGGAAUCAUCACGCGCAAGGACCUUAUCCAUGAGGCCGGUCAUCUGCUCAUGCACGACAGGGACGAGCACGGUCUCGGCCUGGGCAACGACGCCUCGGACCCCGACGACGAUGACGGCGAUGACGAUGGUGACGACACGGAUCGGGAGGAGUCGAGAGACUACUACGACGAGGCCGAGUACGCUGAGCUGCGGCAAUCCACCCCCUGCUCGCUGCACGCCCUGCAGCGCUCGCGCGCCGCUGACCGCGAGACCUCGCUCCCCGAGAACCUGCGCGAGCUCUGA